UCAUCACUCUGAUCAGGAAGAUGGCUACUCUGAUCAUCUCACGGGUCCUCCCCAAAACCCGAAAUCUAACUUCCUCCUUCUCCGCGCUCUCUUUCCUCCGCCAACUCUCCGCUCCAGCCCUCCCCCCUCUCCGCUCCCUGUCCACCUCCUCCCUCGACGACCGUCUCCCCGAUUUCAUCCCCUCCUCCCUCGACCGCCGCAGCAUUGCCAGCCUUCUCCGCGAUGCCGUCAUCGCCACCGCCUCCUAUGACAAGAAGAACGAUGCCUUAACCGGCGUCAAUAGCAGCUACUUCAUCAACCUUCUCCGCCAUGGCGUCGUCUCCUCCUCCCGCGACGACAAGAUCAUGAUCCUCCGUUUCCUCGAUUCCCUCAUCGACUCCCGCGACGACGAUCACAUGUUCAGCGAGAUUGUCGCUGAUAUCUUCUUCAACGACCACAGCUGGAGACACGUUCCCCCGGGUCCUGAAAUCAUCUUCCUCGAAGACGACUCCAGCUUCUUGACCAAACGUCCCCCCGAAGGAACCGAUGUUCCCCCUGGUUGCGACUUCGAGCACUGGUUAGUCCUGGUGGAUCACCCCCGAGGCGACCCCUCCAGGGACGAAAUCAUCGAUAGCUAUAUCAAAAUUUUGGCACAGGUUGUUGGAAGUGAAGAAGAAGCUCGGAUGAAAAUAUAUUCGGUUUCAACUAGAUACGUCUUUUCAUUCGGGGCGCUUGUAUCUGAAGAACUCGCAGACAAGAUACGAGAACUGCCUCGAGUUUUGAAUGUAAUUGCUGAUGAUUAUGUGAAUGUUGAAGAAAAGGAUUAUGGAGGUGAGCCUUUUAUAAAUGGGCAAGCGGUUCCCUAUGAUCCCAAGUACCAUGAAGUAUGUGUUGGAAAGAGUGAUGGUGCUCCACAUCCAAUUCUCGUAUAUCGUUGAUGACAAAUCUGGCGAUGACGCUUGAAGUUUUAGAUCUUUACUCGUAUAAAUAUGUGUACUUUAUAACAUAUUUAUUCAUCAAUUUACUUUGGUGCUUGCUGUGGUACCUUAAUCCAGCUUAAGGUACUACACCCAAACUGAA